GCUCCAAUAUUUGCAAUCUGAAGCAAGAUGGCUGGAGUGGACAGAAUGCUUCAUUGUAAAAGGAAUGUUCCAGGUCAAAGUAAGUCUGCCAAACAGACCCUCACAAUGGUUCUAAAAGGCUUCCGGACAAGUAUUAUCAUGUGGCUUUUCUACACCUUGAUUCCAUGUUUGCUGACGGAUGGAGGAGAAGCUCUGCCCGCCCCUCAGAACCUCUCUGUACACUCAGCCAACAUGAAGCAUCUCUUGAUGUGGAGCCCAGUGGUCCUGCCCAGAGAAACAGUGUACUAUUCUGUGGAGUACCAGGGGGAGUAUGAGAGCUUGUACACGAGCCACAUCUGGAUCCCCAGUAAAUGGUGCUCACCCAUUGAAGAUGCUGAGUGUGAUGUCUCUGAUGACAUCACUGCCACGGUGCCAUAUAACCUCCGUGUCAGAGCGAUCUUGGGCUCACAGACUUCAGCCUGGAGCAUCCUGGAGCAGCCCUUUAAUCGAAACUCAACCAUCCUUACCCCACCUGGGAUGGAGGUCUCCAGAAAUGGCUUCCACCUGGUUAUUGAGCUGGAAGACCUGGGACCCCAGUUUGAGUUCCUUGUGGUCUACUGGAGGAGGGAGCUGGAUACCAAGGAACAUGCCAAAGUGCUGAGGAGGGGGGGCAUUCCUGUGCACCUUGAAACCAUGGAGCCAGGGGCCCCAUACUGUGUAAAGGCCCAGGCGCAAGUGAAGGCCAUCGGGAGGAACAGUGCCUUCAGCCAGGCAGAGUGUGUGGAGGUGCAAGGAGAGGCUCUUCCCCUGGUGCUGGCCCUGUUUGCCUUCGUUGGCUUCAUGCUGAUCCUCGUGGUUGUGCCACUGUCCAUCUGGAAGAUGGGCCAGCUGCUCCAGUACUCCUGUUGCCCCAUGGUGGUCCUCCCAGACACUUUGAAAAUAACCAACUCACCGCAGAAGUUAAUCAGCUGUAGAAGGGAAGAGGUGGAUUCCUGUGCCCUGGCGGUGCCAUCUUCUGAGGAGCUCUUCCAGGCAUGGAUCUAGUAGCCUUUGGAAAGGGCCCAGCUGUCAGGAGCUGACAACUUGAUCUCAGGAUACAGGACUCGAAAAGGGGCAGUGUUUCUUUCCUUCAUGAACAGAGGAUGGGAGACUCAAGGAGCACCUGCCUGCCUGCCUGCCUGUCCGUGCCUCGAAGCGACCAUCAGGGGCAGAGAGUUACGGCUGCAGAGCGCUGACCAGGGGUCAGGUGGUAUGACCUCUGCUGUUUCACAUACGAAUGUCUCUGGGGAGAGAGACUUAAUCCCUCUGUGCCUCAGUUUUCUCAUCCAUAAUGGGGAUUAAUGACACACCUGUCAGAUGCCCUCUGUCUCCGGUUGCGUGUGCGCAUUCAUCCGGAGGAGAAGCUGGCAUCUCUGGUCACUGCGACAGACUCAGCUCCUCUGGAGAGCAGGAUGCAAAUGUGUAAUGAGAGUGAUCAAGGGCCGCCCUGAAGCGGAAAGGGAGGAUGGGAGCAAGUGCUGGUUCCGCUUUAAGCCCAAUGCCUAGAUGGGCUUUAAGCCCAGAUGGUGGCGCUUAACAACUCCAUGGCAUUUGACCAGGAUGAAGACCCAGCCCCACUGGGAGGUGUGUAUGAACACUGAGCCGUGGAACACCAUGGGCCGUGGGUCGUGUGUGUACUCUGAGGUCAGAAGGUAAAAGUGUGCAACACAAUAGGAGCACAGAAGGACAUCAGCAAGGUGCAAGACUUGUGCCCCUUUGUCCUGUGGAGUUGCUAAAGGGCAGAGUUGAAAUGAAAGGGGAUUUUACCGCAUAAUCCUUUUGGUUCCAGGAAGAAAGUGGUUGCCAGGGAUUUAGUUACGUUGUCAGUCUUGAUUCCAGAAGGGUGAAAGGGUACCUUUGGAAAGCAGCUAUGCUCACCACUAUACCACGAACGCAAGGAUACCUUUGGAGAGAAGAGUGGGGUGACCCUGGGUACUAGCUGGGGCAAGGGCGGAGCAGUCUGAGUCCUCUGCUGCAGCCACGCCCUGGGAGUCCACAGUCAUGGGCUGCCUGCGUGCGUGCGUGUGUGUAUGUGUGGACAGCAGCCUCAGUGUACAAGAACCCCAACUUUGCUGUUUAUCUGCUUCUCCUGGCCAGGGUGCUGGGUGCUUUCUGGAGGCCCCUGUCCACAGGAAAUCCACAGGGACCUUCUUUUCCUAAAACAGCUCACUCAGGGAUCCUCUGCUCUUUCCGGGCUACUUAUCCCAAGCCCAGCUUUGGAAGAAGCCCUGCCCAUUUCUCCUCCUAUCAGCUGAAGAAGAGACACCUUCAAAGAAGGAUCAGAGGGAGGAGUUUCUUGAGGGAUGAGAGACUGAUAAGCAAGGCCCGCACCUCAUUUUUAAGCCCCCACCCCUCUCAACUCAGGAGCUUCUGCGUUGGUUUGUCUCCAUGGCCGCUUCCUGGAUCCUUUCAGCCAGCCUUCUGUGGAGAGAGCUGACUGCUUCAGCAAGGUAUUUCCUCCUUGGAGACAGAGGCCGACCACCCCAGCUCCACCAGGUGGAGUCUCUAUGGACAGAGGGCAGGCUCUCUCCCCGGUUAGGAGAUUGCUGAAGAUCUUGCCAUUGUACCAUUUUGUAUGUUUCUGCGUACAUUUUUUUAUGUGUGAAUUCCUUUUCUUUUUUUUUUUUUUUUGAGGUUAAGAGUAGGAAAAAUUUAUUGAGAAGAGGAAAGCUUCUGUCCAAGAGAGACAGAAGAGGAACUAGAAAGUGAUGGGUUGCCCCUUUUUGUGUGAAUUUCGUUUGCACUGGAAAUAUAUGUUCAGUUUGCAAAAAUAAAAGACUGUACUGCUACUAUAUGGGUCAUCACUUUUGUGCUUUCCUGUUUUGUGCCCCUUCUCCCUGAAGGUAUUUCUUUAUGUCGCCUGCCCAGGCCCAGAAAGCCCUCUUCUGGAA